AUGGAGAAAUUCCAGUCUUCCAUGCGCAAACGUCUCUACAGUCUGCCGCAAAACAUCGUGCAAAAGCCCGCGGGGGCUGACGGCGAAGGGGACGGCGGCAAGGACACCGGGAGGAAAAGUAUUCGCCUAAAACAUUUGUCCUCCUUGUCUCCCGCCAGCAGUUGCAGGAGCAUCGAGGAGGCCAGGAGCGAGGACUUGGACAGGGACGUGGCUGUGAGGUCCAACUUGAACGGGGACUGCCGCUUUUUCAGGAGCAGCAUCUCCUCCAUCACCGGACCACAUCCUCCCGGCUCGGAUCCGGCGGAGCAGCGGCGCCUCCUCCCGGAGGCUGACGCCGGGGCCAGCGAGAGUUUGCCCGGGGAGCAUUAUGGCCCCGGGCCCCUCCAGCAGCAGAGGCUGAUGGGAGGGCUGCUCAGCGUGCCGGGGCAGCCCUCCGUGUUCGACCAGACAACUUUCAUCAAGUUGGAGGGCACGGAGCAGAUCAUCCCGGAGGAUGAGCGGCUGUACCAGGCGGGCUUCAUGCACCGGCAGUUCGGGGCCAUGCUCCAGCCGGGAGUCAACAAGUUCUCCCUGCGGAUGUUGGGGAGCGAGAGGGCCGUGGAGCACGAGAGGGAGCGCGUCAAGUCUGCGGGCUUCUGGAUAAUCCACCCUUACAGUGAUUUUAGGUUCUAUUGGGACCUGACUAUGCUGCUGCUGAUGGUGGGAAACCUCAUCAUCAUCCCCGUGGGCAUCACCUUCUUCAAGGACGAGCACACACCGCCCUGGAUCGUUUUCAACGUUGUGUCGGACACCUUCUUCCUCCUGGACCUGGUCCUCAACUUCCGCACUGGCAUCGUCAAGGAGGACAACACGGAGAUCAUCCUGGACCCACAGCAGAUCAAGAUCAAGUACCUGAAAAGCUGGUUCGUGGUGGACUUCGUCUCCUCCAUACCCGUGGACUACAUCUUCCUCAUCGUGGAGACUCGCAUCGACUCUGACUUUUACAAGACGGCCCGAGCUCUGAGGAUCGUCCGCUUCACCAAGAUCCUGAGUCUGCUGCGUCUGCUGCGCCUCUCCAGACUCAUCCGUUACAUCCACCAGUGGGAAGAGGUUUUCCACAUGACGUAUGAUCUUGCCAGUGCCAUGGUGCGGAUCAUGAACCUGAUUGGCAUGAUGCUGCUGCUGUGUCACUGGGAUGGCUGUCUGCAGUUCCUGGUGCCGAUGCUGCAAGACUUCCCUCCUGACUGCUGGGUCACUCGAAACAAGAUGGUGAAUGACACUUGGGGUCAGCAGUACUCUUACGCUCUGUUCAAAGCCAUGAGUCACAUGUUGUGCAUCGGCUACGGCCUCUACCCCCCCAUCGGCAUGGGCGACGUCUGGCUCACAAUCCUCAGCAUGAUCGUAGGCGCGACCUGCUUCGCCAUGUUUGUGGGACACGCCACCGCACUCAUCCAGUCUCUGGACUCUUCCAGGAGGCAGUACCAAGAAAAGUACAAACAAGUGGAGCAGUACAUGUCUUUCCACAAGCUCCCCGCCGACAUGCGGCAGAGGAUCCACGACUACUACGAGCACCGAUAUCAGGGGAAGAUGUUUGACGAGGAGAGCAUUCUGGAGGAGCUGAACGAGCCGUUGAGAGAGGAAAUUAUCAACUUUAAUUGCCGUAAACUGGUGGCCUCCAUGCCCCUGUUUGCCCACGCCGACCCCAACUUUGUAACCUCCAUGCUGACCAAGCUGCGGUUCGAGGUCUACCAGCCGGGCGAUUACAUCAUCCGGGAGGGCACCAUCGGCAGUAAGAUGUAUUUCAUCCAGCAUGGCGUCGUCAGCGUGCUGACCAAGAGCAACAAAGACACCAAGCUGACGGACGGCUCUUACUUUGGAGAAAUCUGCCUGCUGACUCGAGGCAGGAGGACAGCCAGCGUGCGGGCGGAUAACUACUGCCGGCUGUACUCUCUGUCCGUGGACAACUUCAACGAGGUGCUGGAGGAAUACCCCAUGAUGAGGAGGGCGUUUGAGGCUGUGGCGCUUGACCGCCUGGAUCGCAUCGGGAAGAGGAACUCUGUUCUCCAGCAUAAAGUCCAGCACCACCAAAGUUCAGGCACGCUCAACCUUCACGAGACAGAGAUCAUCCAAAGAAUCGUCCAGCACGACCGGGACAUGGCCCAGUGCACUCAGCUGAUCCAAACCAGCACCGGUCCGACAUUAAACCUUCCUGCUGCUCCUCCAUCACCCACCCCUCUCAUCUGGACCCCUCUGGUCCAGGCCCCACUCCAGGCCGCCGCUGCCACCACGCCGCUGGCUCUGGCCUUAGCUCACCACUCCACACUGCCUCAAAUCCUCCUCCACAAUCCUCUGGCACCGGGGUCCGGUUCUAUGAAGGAGCACGGCAGCCACCCGAAGAGGGUGCAGAUCGGAGCCUCCAGCAGCUGCGGGUCUGGGUCUCCACCCAGCCCCGCCAAGAACAGACCUGUGGCUGAGACUCCCUCUCUGGGGUUCUCCAUCCCCCAGCAUCUCUCCACAGGACUUUUGUCAGCCUGUCUCCCCUCACAGCCCAUCUUCACCAGCAGCCUGCAGCCUGUCACCCCCCUGGUUGCUCAUCCCCCCCACUGCGGCGUGGCCCCAGUUUUCCCCAUCAGCCAGACCACCGUCUCCUACACUUGCUCUGCCCAGCUCCACUCCCAGCCCUUCCAUGGCGCUAUGACCUCUCCACCUCUAGGUUUACUUCAACAGGGGGCACCAGGGAGGUUAGCGGGGAGAUUCCCAGCCCCCACCAUCGGGCCUCUGAUCUGCAGCUCAGUGAACCCCAUUCUGAGCCAGAUGCAGCAGGUCUGUCCUCCCUCCUGCAUCCUGCAAACAGGAUCCACAGCGAGCAGCGAUGGGAGCCUCCCACAUUUUCCCAUCAUCACCAGCAGCCAAUCCUCUACUGGACCUAACCCCCCAGCGCCUGUCGGUGGAGCUGGAGCUGCAGCGUUGCUGGCCCAGCACACCCUGGCAGGACUGCAGUCUGUUUUCCUCCCCCAGGUUCUCCCCGAGCACUCGGCACUUGCUUCUCUGGCCCAGUACGGCUCAGCCGAGGACUCGCCCAGCUACACGCCUCCCCUUCACAGUCCAAGUACACAGAGCCCUGUGAGGGGGCAGACAGUUUUCCACGGUGAGCUCCCCCCCACCAUAAGCUCCCCCAGUUCUCAAACCCAUCAUACCUCGUACUCUAGAGAUCUUUUUACCCAGGAAAUAAAGACUAUCUCAGGCUCUCACAGCUGUCUACACCAGGAAAGGCCUUUGGUCAUGAGUGGCUCCCCAGAGGGGGCAGCGGGGGCCUUCUCCUCCCCCAUGACUGUCAGUAAACUCUACACCUCCAUCCCAGGACAAGCUGCUCCUUUGAGUCGGAAACGGACAGGACCCGAACCUCUGGACCCGUCGGGUGGCGUUCACUCUCCUCUUCUUAGAUCUCCUGCUGAAACGUUGGAGCACAAACAGUCCAAGCUUCCCUCCAACCUGUGAGCGUCACUCCUGCGGCGCACCGACGGCUCGCCUCCAUGUCGGGAAUAUUUCACACGUCAGUGGCAGAGGGACGGAUUUUACCCAAACUAGAGAUCAACGGUUGUGUUUUUACUCAGAGUGA